UUUCCCACCCCUCGGAGUGGAGCUGCACAUGCGGCUUCUCCCUGCUCCGUCCCGCCCAGCCUCCUUCGCGCAGGAACCGGUCCCUGCAGCCCCCAGCCCAUGGCAGGACAGUAGCCGCCUGUCAGGGGUUGUGAACGGCUGAGGCGGACGCGGCGUCUCCCGGGCCUCAGAGAGUGGGCGUCUCCGGAGGCCAUGGGCUACCCCGAGGUAGAGCGCAGGGAUCCCCUGCCCGCGGCAGCGCCGCGGGAGCGGGAGAGCCAGGGCUGCGGCUGUCGCGGGGCCCCUGCCCGGGCGGGCGAAGGGAACAGCUGCCGGCUCUUUCUGGGCUUCUUUGGCCUCUCGCUGGCCCUCCACCUGCUGACAUUGUGCUGCUACCUAGAGUUGCGCUCCGAGUUGCGGCGGGAACGGGGAGCUGAGUCCCGCCUCGGCGUCCCCGGCACCCCUGGCACCUCUGGCACCCUGAGCAGCCCCGGUGGCCUCGACCCUGACGGCCCCAUCACCCGCCACUUCAGGCAGCCGUCACUUCAGCAGCAGCCGCUAGAACCCGGAGAAACCACUCUCCCACCAGACUCCCAGGACGGGCACCAGAUGGCCCUUUUGAAUUUUUUCUUCCCUGAAGAAAAGUCAUACUCUGAAGCAGAAAGUAGGCGUGUUCGCCGCAAUAAAAGAAGCAAAAGCAGUGAAGGAGCAGAUGGUCCAGUUAAAAACAAGAAAAAGGGAAAGAAGGCGGGACCUCCUGGGCCAAAUGGGCCCCCAGGACCUCCAGGACCUCCGGGACCCCAGGGACCCCCAGGGAUUCCAGGGAUUCCUGGAAUUCCAGGAACAACUGUUAUGGGACCACCUGGCCCUCCAGGUCCUCCUGGCCCUCAGGGACCCCCUGGCCUCCAGGGACCUUCUGGUGCUGCUGAUAAAGCUGGAACUCGAGAAAACCAGCCAGCUGUGGUGCAUCUGCAGGGCCAAGGGUCUGCAAUUCAAGUCAAGAAUGAUCUUUCAGGUGGAGUGCUCAAUGACUGGUCUCGCAUCACCAUGAACCCCAAGGUGUUUAAGCUACAUCCCCGCAGCGGGGAGCUGGAGGUACUGGUGGACGGCACGUACUUCAUCUAUAGUCAGGUAGAAGUGUACUACAUCAACUUCACUGACUUUGCCAGCUAUGAGGUGGUGGUGGACGAGAAGCCCUUUCUGCAGUGCACCCGCAGCAUUGAGACGGGCAAGACCAACUACAACACCUGCUACACCGCGGGCGUCUGUCUCCUCAAAGCACGGCAGAAGAUCGCCGUGAAGAUGGUGCACGCCGACAUCUCCAUCAACAUGAGCAAGCACACCACCUUCUUCGGGGCCAUCAGGCUGGGCGAGGCCCCUGCAUCCUAGAUUCCCCCUGUUUUGCCCCUGCCCGUGUCCCCGUCCCAGGUUUGGGAGCUGGGAUCUCCCCACAGAAGCUCUUAAGUGCUGCUGUGGAGUGAGGUAUAUGGGCAUGGCAGCUGCAGAGAGAAAUGUCCCACUGCUAUUUAUUCCCCAGUGAUUCUGGUAUGGCAAGGCCUGCUUGCCUGGCCAGAAUGACCUUGAGCUAACGGGACAGUUGAUGGAGCCCCAGGGUUUACGUGAAUCAAACUGUCUUCCUUGUCUCCACGUGGACUGCCUUAUGGCACAGACUCUUCCACCUCAAGGUCCCCGUUGGCAGUUACUGUUUGUUGCACUAAAGGGAGGGUCCAGGACAGCAGGCGAGAGGAAGCGGAGGUGUGCUUCAGACUGUG